AUGGUAAGCACCAUCAACGACAACCCGUUCUCACUAGAAGCGAUUUAUCAACCAUACGACUUUUUCGCCCGACUGCGUGACACCGAGCCGGUGCACUAUAACGAAGAAUUCGAAGUGUGGAUGGUAUCGUCUUGGGAGCACCUGGUUUGGGUUACCCGCCACCCGGAAGCCUUUUCCUCCAGCGUGUUUGCCCGCGACACCCGCGCGCCCAACCCGCCCAUUGAUGAAGACGACAUGGAAAUCUACAACUUCAUCAAGAAGUGGCAGGUUUCCCGCUUUAUCCAGUACGACCAGAAGCGUUACAACCCCGGGGUCUCCGGCCCCGACCAUGUGGAUAUGCGACGGGUGAUGCACGGCUACUUCACGCCCAAGUCGAUGGAGAUGUGGCGGCCGCUGGUGCAAUCGGCAAUUGACGAACUGCUGGAUGCCGUUGAAGAGAAAGGUCAAAUGGACGUUAUGUCCGACCUGGCCACCCCGUUGCCGUUGCUCGUUAUUGCCCGAAUGCUGGGAAUACCCGACAGCGACAGACCGAUCCUGCGCUCUUUGGCCAAAGACCUGCGGUUCCUCAAUCGCGUCGGCCCCGACCGCAUGGGCCCCCUGUCCCAGGCUGUGCAGAACCUGCAGGAAUACCUGGGCCCGCUGGUUGCCGACCGGGUCAAGAGCCCCAAGGAUGACCUCAUUUCAGUGGUGGCCGAAGGCGAACGUCAGGGUAUCUUCGACCGCGACAUGACCGUUAACAACGUGAUGUUGCUGCUGUCCGCCGGCCACGAAACCACCAUCAACCUCAUCUGCAACGGGACACUGGCUUUCACCCAGCACCCCGACCAGUGGGCAAUCCUCAAGUCGGAUCCGGAAGGUAAAACCGUGCGGGCAACCGAAGAAGCCCUGCGGUACGACUCACCGGUUAAGUCGAUCCAGCGCAUUGCGAUGGACGACAUCGAAAUCGGUGGGCAAACCAUCCGCAAGGACGACCGCGUGCGCUGGUUCAUCUCCGGCGCCAACCGCGAUCCCAAGGUGUUCGACCGGGCAGACGACUUCGACGUGGAACGUUACCCGAACCAGCACGUCGCAUUCGGCAGCGGGAUCCAUCACUGCCUGGGCGCCACGCUGGCUCGCCUGGAAGGUCAGGAAAUUUUCCGCAACCUCGCUAACCGGUUCGACACGAUGGAACUCGAAAUCCCGGUCAAAGACGUGGAAUACGACCACGUGCUGACCUUCCGCGCGGUGGAAAGCCUUCCCGUAAAGGUAACCAGCGCACGCUAA